CCAAAGAGGAUGGACAAGCUGCAGAGACUGCUUCAGAGCAAAAUCCUGAUCCUGACAAUAUGUGCUGCUGGGAUUGGAGGCACUUUCCAAUAUGGUUACAACAUCUCCAUCAUCAAUGCUCCAACCUCAUACAUCCAGAUGUUCAUGAACAAAACCUGGCUGGAGCGCACAGGAGUCCCUCUUGAGAGCAGGGUGGUCCUGCUGCUGUGGUCUGUCACUGUCUCUGCCUACCCUCUGGGAGGACUCACAGGGGCUGUUGUUGCUGGUCCCAUGGCCAUCAUGUUGGGAAGGAAGAUGUCCCUGCUGCUGAACAACAUCUUUGUGAUCAUUGCUGCAGCCUUGUCAGGAUCCAGCCGAAUGGCAAAGUCCUUUGAACUGAUCAUGCUCAGCAGAUUCUUUACUGGUGUGAAUGCAGGUGUGAGCAUGAACAUUCAGCCCAUGUAUCUGGCAGAAAGUGCCCCAAAGGAUCUCAGAGGAGCUGUGGCCUUGACCUCUGCAUCAUUCACAGCCCUAGGGCUGGUGCUGGGGCAGGUUGUUGGACUCAGGGAGCUACUAGGAGGGGAGGAGAGCUGGCCAAUCCUUUUAGCUAGCAAUGUGGUGCCUGCACUGAUCCAGCUCCUGGCUCUGCCUUGGGUGCCUGAAAGUCCCAGAUACCUCUUGAUUGACCGUGGGGAUAAAGAAUCCUGCAUCUCUGCACUGCAGCAGCUCAGAGGCACCCACGACCUUAGUGCAGAGAUGGAAGAGAUGCUGGCUGAACAGGCUGCUGUUAAAGGUCAGAAACCGAAGAACCCUUGGGAGCUCUUCCAAAAUCCAUCUUUGAGGUGGCAGCUGACGAGUCUGGUUGUGCUGAGCAGCGCCAUGCAGCUCUGCGGGAACGACUCGAUGUAUUUUUAUGCAGCUUAUGUGUUCCAAGAGGCUGGAAUUCCUCAGGACAAAAUCCCGUAUGUUGUAAUUGGCACAGGGAGCUGUGAACUGAUCGCGUCUGUCACUUGUAACAUUAUUAUUGACUAUGCUGGUCGGAGGCCACUGCUCCUGGGGGGAUAUAUCUUCAUGGCAGGAUGGGCCAUUGUCUUCAUGGUUGCUCUGAGCCAGCAGACACAGAUUAGCUGGAUGCCUUAUCUCAGCAUGGUCUGCAUUUUCGCCUAUAUCCUGAGCUUUGGAAUUGGACCAGCUGGUGUUACAGGAGUUCUGCCCACAGAGGUUUUUGAUCAAAUGUCCCGGCCAGCUGCUUACAUGAUCUGUGGCUCUCUGCUGUGGUUCAACCUAUUUCUGGUGGGAACAGCCUUUCCAUUCAUUGUGAAAAGUCUAGCACAUUUCUGCUAUGUUCCAUUCCUUGUGGUCUGUGUCUGCACCGCACUCUACGUUGGGUUUUUCCUUCCUGAGACAAAGGGAAAGUCCUUCCUGGAAAUCUCAGAGGAGUUCAAGAAAAAGAACUUCAAAGCUCAGAGCCAUGCAGCUUUUUAUAAAGGCCCUGAAGAGAUCAAAUCCACCAUAUUGUAGUAGAAGAAAGGAGGAUGGUAAAUGGGGGAAGUUCAAUGGCUAUGUUCUCUUGCAGGGACACAAGGAGAGAAAUAGGUAGGGACAACAUAUUAGUCUUCGGUGCUUAGGUUCAUCUGGAAAAUAUAUACUUGUACUGAUAAAUCCCAACAACAGUAUAAUAAUCUGUUUUCACUUUCUACUGCUAAAUAACACUUGCAUAUUUUAGAAUCCAUAUUAAAGAGUGAGAGAAUGAUGCCAUAUUCUCUUAUCAUCAAACAACACCAUGCAAUGCUUCAGCAAAUUUAUUCAAUUUCUUCUAUAUUUCUCCUCCACUCAAACACUGACUCCCAUCUCAGAAGCCUUUCCUUCCUUGCCCCUGAAUCCAGGCUCUCUUAACACAGAAAUUAACACAAUUAAGUUCUGUUUUCAGACACCAGAUUAAAUUCUCAGUACCUUGUUUUGGUGCUCCCACUGUUUCUGUUAUUAAGUGAUUUCAAAUAGGCCCCUACUUGUUGAGCAAUAAGGAGCAGUUAAUGAUUUUCAGUUAUAAAAACAUGUGACAGAUGGAUUAGGAAGAAAGCUUCUAGGCCUUGCUAAGUGGCUUAUUGUCCAGCUGACUUUUGGGCAUUCUUUUGCAGACUGUGUAUUCUGGACUGGUUUUCUUCAUGACUUGUUUGUUGUCUUCCAGCCUUAGGUUUUAAAGCACAGGUUUUAAAGGUUGGUGCUGCUCUCACAGUCACUGCUGGUGCAUCUUGUAGCUUUCACACUUGCACUCUGCUAAGGUUAGAGUGUGGUGAGGAGCUCUUCUGGCAGCAGCUUAUUUUGGAUAUGGAGAUUUAGAUCAGAGCAGAACAUUCUCUGCAGCAUGUUCUUGUCUCCAUAGAGCAUAUUGGAGAAGACCCAGAUGUGGUACUGAUUCUUUUUAGCUAACCUGGUACAGAACAGGACAGCACUCCUCAUUUAAUAGUGCCUUUCACAAGCAUUGGGUUAACUGGUGAAGUUUCUUUCAGUUUCUUCUCAAAACCAUAAUCAAGCCACCUCUUUUGUUUUGACUUUGUUUGUAUAAACUCACAGCACUGCCGAGGGUUGCAGCAAAGAGGAAUAUAUUUUCAAAAUAUGUAGUAAAAAUUUUCUUUCAGACUGUUUUUUAACUACAUUUUAAAACAAACAAACAAAACACAGCAUGAUUGAAUGACAAGACUGUAAACAUUUCUGGAGUGCAUGACUGUCCUGCUGGGCAUGAGUGGAGCAGCAGGUCUAUUACUCAGAUGAGGAGGCUGUGCAAGAACUCUCUUUCACUACCUAAGGUUUAUAACAAAGCAAAAUAAAACUAAUUUUUUGUUCA